GUGCCCGCCUCAGGCCGUCCCUUCCUUCGUCCACCCUGGGCUCGCUCGGAGGCGGCUGCUGCUGCGGCGGCCGAUGGCGGCGUGCGGCAGCGGCUGCUGCGGCGGCAGCUGCUGCGCCGGCGGCCAGAUCACGGGCUCAGCAGGCCGGGGCUCGUUCUGGAAGGCGACGGCGUCCCCGCUGAGCCUGGUGCAACUGCGGCGGCUGGAGGAGCACCGCUACUCCUCAGAGGGCUCGUCGCUGUUCGAGCCCGUGCUGCAGCCUUUCUGGUCGUGGCUCGUGGAGUUAGUGCCGCUCUGGCUGGCGCCCAACGCCAUCACCCUGUUGGGGCUGCUCCUCAACCUGCUCAGCUCGCUGCUGCUCGUCUUCUACUGCCCCACAGUCCUGGAAGAGGCACCAUCUUGGGUAUUCCUAAUAUGUGGCCUGGGCCUCUUUUCUUAUCAAUCACUGGAUGCUAUUGACGGGAAACAUGCCAGAAGAACAAACACCUCUUCUCCUUUAGGAGAACUUUUCGACCAUGGUUGCGACUGUAUUUCCACAGUAUUUGUAUCUCUUGGAGCUUCCAUUGCUACUCGCUUAGGAACAGACCCUGAAUGGCUGUUUUUCUGCUGUUUUGUCGGGAUGUUUAUGUUUUACUGUGCACACUGGCAAACCUAUGUAUCUGGAGUGCUACGGUUUGGAAGAGUGGAUGUAACUGAAGUACAGAUAGCGAUCACAAUUGUCUUUUUUAUAACCGCAAUUGGAGGAACAAUGAUGUGGGAUUAUACUAUCCCUGUGAUUCAAUUAAAACUGAAGAUGUUACCUCUCAUUGGGAUACUGACAGGAGCAUUUAUUUCUUGUUUUAAUUAUUUCCAAGUCAUCCUUGGUGGAGGAGUUGGCAAGAAUGGAUCCACAACUGCAGGCACCAGUGUUUUGUCACCUGGCAUCCACAUAGGAGUAAUUAUUCUUCUAGCCAUAAUGAUCCACAAAAAAUCUGCAACUCAGCUGUUUGAAAAACAUCCCUGUCUGUAUAUUUUAAUGUUUGGGUGUGUGUAUGCCAAAAUCACACAAAAAUUGGUGGUUGCUCACAUGACCAAAAGUAAACUAAAACUACAAGAUUCCGCAUUUAUUGGUCCAGCUCUUCUGUUUUUCGAUCAAUACUUCAACCAUGUUAUAGAUGAAUAUAUUGUUCUGUGGGUAGCAAUGAUCAUCUCUUUAUUUACUUUGCUGAAAUAUUUCAUUACUGUGGUCGUGCAGAUUGCAGAUCACUUAAAUUUACAAGUCUUCAGGAUUCCACCUCCUCCAGCACCCGUACAGGUUCAAAACCAUGACUGACUAAUAGCCCAAGGAGAAGAGGAGAAGCAAUUAAGGGAACCCUAGGAGUGAAGGAACCCCCUGCUUUUAGGAAUACAGAUAAGAAACUUUUCAAGAUAACCAAGUUUCUGAAAAACACAUUAAUGUGGCCGUUAACUGUCAGAUAAGAUAUUUAAUAUAAAGCUAAGUCAUGCAGA